AUGUCGGAGCAUCUCCAACAAAACCAGGAGUCAGCAAACGAUCCUCAGUCAAUGAGUGAGGGUAUCAACAGGCCAGUUAGGUCUAAUAAGAAGGAUGGAAAAAAGAAAAAGGAGAAGAAAGACUCUGCAAUGAACCCACUUCAACAAGGCAUCCAGCAAUUCUUGCACGAACACAACUCCAGUGAUGCCAUCAUAUUCAGACUCCCAAAACGAUAUACAAUAUAUCAACCGAUGCUAUUAUUGUCAGCAAAUGUAUUCACCGCCCCUCCAGAAUGGGCAGAGCGCUAUGCAUCUCUAUCAGAAACAGAUCGCCAGAAACUCUACGCAUCAAUUGUCGAAGCCUUCAACACCAAGGGCCAGACAAUAACGCACAUGGCAAUGAACGCCCCCAUCCAAUUAACCAAUUCUCAAGGAAACGAGAACCACAUGCGCAGCCCAAAUGGCUUGGUGCCAUUAUACGGCGAUUUCGGAGAAUUACUAGAUUACGACCACAACCCAUCUCAACAAGACCUUGCGGAUGCGUUCUGGGUUCAUACAGCCCAGAAUGGAGGGAUAAUCCAGUACUGGGCCCCGCUAUAUACAAUGUUUUCAAGAGGUAAUAUCACAGAAAAGGCUCGUAUAUUGGGUAUUGAAGGACACUUCACAGGCCUGGAUGAGUCUUCUCUCAAGGGACAGAGGAUAGAGGAUGUUAGCGUGGUUGAUCUCUAUGCUGGGAUUGGGUAUUUUGUGUUUUCGUACUUGAAGAGAGGCGUCAGAAGGGUUUGGGGUUGGGAACUUAAUACGUGGUCUGUUGAGGGUUUGCGAAGAGGGUGUACUGAGAAUGGAUGGGGUUGCAGGGUUGUUCCUCUUGUGCAGGGGGGGCAUGGGACUUUGCCUUCUGUGUUGGACGAUGGUAGCCUUGAAGAUUUGGUGAAUGAGCUUAGGGACGAUGUUCGUGUCGUUAUCUUCCAAGGCGAUAAUCAAUCCGCUCCCGCGGUUAUGGAGAGAAUACAGUCCGAGCUGGAGAAACGAGGGCAAUGGGCUGCUGUUAGACAUGUGAACUUGGGCUUGUUGCCUUCUUCGCGGCCUACGUGGGACACUUCGCUCAAACUUCUGGAUAGGAAAUAUGGUGGCUGGACUCAUGUACACGAGAAUGUGGAUGUUGCUGAAAUUGGGAAAAUGAGAGACGAGAUCGUGGCCGAGUAUGUCAAUCUGGCUGAACAAUUGAAUGGUGUCGACAUGGGGGCUUUAACGAUUGGCUGUGACCAUGUGGAAGAGGUCAAGACGUAUGCGCCUGGCGUCAUGCAUUGUGUUUUUGACAUUCAGAUCGACUUUGAAGAGAGAUGA